CUCGAAUGUUCGAUCAUCACGCAUCGCGCAUUCAUAAAUCAACAAACAAACAAAAACGAAACGUAAACAGAUUGUAACGCAUUCAGACGAGCCGGAAUGAAAACCGUUUGAAAUUCGGUUGUCAUUUGGUUGUGUUGGCUGCGUAUGUCAACGAAAUUUACAACGCAUUAACGUCAUCGCUGCGCAUAUAACAACAACACCCACGUCCGCAUUUCGGUCGCAUCAUAGAAAGAAGAUGUGUAAAGUUUUGCGACCGAAUGAAUUGGAAAAAAGACUGAAACAUCUGUAAAUCUCGUUUUCGCACAUGCAAAACAAGACAUCAAACCACAUGUACACAACACAAUUUCUCCUUCUCGCUCAAAAUCGCUUGUUGAUUGCUCUCACUCUUUGCACUCUCCAAUAUACUACUAUGUACAUGAACUUUGAAAUAAAAACAAUACCACUAAAUUUACCCAAAUAAGUUUUCAUACACAAAUUGCUCGCAAUAACAAUAAAUUGGUGAAAAUUCGCGGGGCGAACACACAUAUACAACGAAAAUUUAUUGAGCUUUCGGAAGCGACAUACAAAAAAAGUAUCAACAUAUUUGUUUGGUGUGAUUUUUACCAUUGGUUUUUCAUUUCUUUCCGACUAACAUUUGACUUUAGUUUUUCAUUUAAAAAAAAAGAAGAACAACAACUAAAACAUCAUGUAUCAAAUGAUGAUUCGAUUGUUGGCCAUAAUUUGUUUGGUUGGAUGCAUUGAAUCGCGACUGGUGAAGCGCAGCUAUUCGGAUCAAAGCGUUCGUGGAUACUUGACAGAGCGGGUGUGCUGGUGGAAUGAAGUGUGUAAAGAGGAAUUUCAACAGUUGUUCCGUUGCAAGUGCCCUGUUUAUUCGUACUGUCGAUCGCCUGGACGAUAUUAUAACGCAUACUGCACCAUGACAAACACUGGAUACAUCUGGACACAACCGGCAUGGGAUUGGGUUCCCUGAUCAAAGCAUCCAAAUCGUGUGUGAAACACACGAAACAAGCACAUUCCGAAGUAAACACCUCCGGUUUGGCAUCACAUCACAAACACUCAUACAUGCAACACAAAAACAUUCAUUCACAAACCAAACCAAACCAAUGUUCCGGGUAUGGAGAUAGGUAAAAAAGACAGGAAGAAAGAAAGAAAGGGAGAAAGACAGCGGAAGCGAUUGUAGGCAAAUGGAAAUUGACACGAAAUUUAAUACUGCCCUUAAUUUAGCGUUAAGCGAAAAUCAAAACGAUACCAACAUAUUGGCAAAUAAGGUUCCUAGCAAACAGAAAAUCCUUGCCCAAUUUUUAAAAACUUCGAAAGUUGCUGAACUAAUAAUCAAAAAACCAUAGCCGAAAUUAAAAUGUAUUGAUUGGCCUACGGUUUGAUCGAAAUGUGUAACUCAAUCAAAUCAAAAUCGAUUUUUUGGCGACAAUUUAAAUGAUUUUUCUGUGUCUGCAAGCCAAAAACGCACAUGAUCAUUUCCAAAAGAGAGGAAAAUUAAAAAAAUUAUUCCUUUUGUUACUAUCAAAAUGGCCUACACACAUUGUAAACCAAUUGAAUAUGCAUAUAAAUUCAAACUAGAUAGAAAAAAAAAUCAAAAAGCAUCAAACUAUGACUGAUGCUCCACCGUUCAUUCCGGAAGUAAGAUGUGUACUUUUAUUUUGGUUAAUAUUGGAAAAUGAAACCAAUACAUACGAGAGUCUUCUUCUAAUUUCUAAGGGCUUCCAAUGAAAAGACAACACACAAUACAAUAUAAAAGACCUUUUUUAUUAGAAGUUAUUAUUAUAGAGAAUGUUGUAAAGUCAUAUGUUCAUAAAGUAUGUCUCGUAAUGAGUGGGAGAAAAAGGCGCAGGCACAAUUCUGCCGAACGGAGACAAAAUGGACAACCCAAACAUAAGCUUUAUGAAAAAAAUGUCUGUACGAAUGAAAAUGAAAUAUAAAUAUUAUAUAUGAAAUUUAUUUAAGUAAAUUGAUCGAUGGGCGACGGAAAAUGUCAGUUUCGAAGCCUUUUUGACAUGGUGUUUGCAAAAAAAAAACAUAUUGUAUAUUGAAUGUUGUUAUAUAGUACAGUGGAAACGUUGCAAUAACGUAGUAAAAACCCAAAAAUAUAGCGAGAAAAAAAACAGUUCAGUUAGUCGAAUAAUAAUAAUAAAAAUGAAGCGGAUUUUUUUCUGUUGUAUCUUACUAAGUUAUACAAUUUUCAUUGAUUUGUUGAGAAUAGCGGCAACGUAGCGCAAACUGUAGCAUCGCGUGAGUGCAAAUUAAAAUGAAAGAACAAACAGAAUGAGCAACAAUAAAAAGUGAAUCAUGAAAAAGGUCAGCCAGAGAUGAGAAUGAUGGUUUUAGUGCAAUCAUUUGUGAGACCUAGGACACGCGCUUUUAUUAUUCUCGUUCAAUACUCUUCCUUGCGACACCAUUUAUUCUCAACAAAUCGCCGCUACAUUUAUUGUUAAAAUAGACAUAAUUUUGAUGGGCCACUUGAAUGCAAUCGAGAAUAACGAGAAGCAAGAGAAAUAACGACAAUUUAAGCAGAAAAUGGGGUUUACUAAGAGCAUAGAGGAAUUCAUUUCGAAAAAGAAGAAGAAAAUGAGAUAUUCGCGACAUUUCUUGCGAUUAAACACAAAAUACUCUUAUCUAUCGACAAUUAUUAUCCAUUGCAUUCUUGAGCUAAUUCAAUGUUAUAUCUGUGUUGAUUUGGUGACAUAAUAAACGGAUUAAUACAAAUAAAA